AUGGUCAUGACAGCAGUAGCAAGAUUGGAUAACUGCACAGACAAGACAUUCUGUGAGUGUGUGCCCAACUCCUCUCAACUUAAACAUCGCUGGUCAGACUCGGACACAGUCAGACAAACACCGCCCAAGAGGAUGAGUUGUAGUUAUCUGCUAUGUACCAUCCUUCUCUUCGUGGCCGUUCUGCUCGCAGUCACAGUGACGGGAACCAUUCUUCUUAUGAACCACUACCAGGCUCCCCCCAUGUCGGAUGGCCCGCCUCAUAUUAGCACCAAUCAGGACGAAGCCAAUGCUUUGGUGACAGUCGAGAGGGGUGAUGGAUCACGCAUCAAUAUCUUCAUCGACCCCAACUGCCCUGAUUAUAACAGUAACUUCCUGCGGCUGGAAGGCGUGCAGACGUCUUUGCUGCACUCACUCACCGACCACGAUACGGAUCUCAAGUCCGUCAAAGGUCAGGAUCGAGCGCUAUUGGUCAACUUGGCAGAGGAAGUUGCUAAGCUGUCUGCUCAUGCAGGACAGCUGAAGAUGGACUAUGAGUCUCUCAGAAGAGGACAAAGCAACCUGGGACAGGACCUGAAUACACUGCAGACUGAACAGAGCAGACUUAUACAGCUGCUCUCCGAGAGCCAGAUUAACAUGGUGAAGGUUGUCAACUCUGUGAGCGAUGCUCUAAAUGCCAUGCAGAAGGAAACUGGAGGUCUGAAGGCCAGGGUGAAGGCUGACCUGCAGAGGGCGCCAGUCAGAGGAGUUCGCCUUAAAGGCUGUGCAAAUGGCUCUCGUCCACGGGACUGUAGUGAUAUAUAUGCAAGCGGUCAGAGACAAGAUGGCAUCUACUCUGUUUUUCCCACUCAUUACCCCGCCGGCUUUCAGGUCUACUGUGAUAUGAGCACGGAUGGAGGUGGCUGGACGGUAAUCCAGCGGAGGGAGGAUGGGUCUGUGAACUUCUUCAGGGAGUGGGACUCCUACAGGGAAGGAUUUGGCAAAAUCACUGGAGAGUACUGGCUUGGGUUGAAACAAAUCCAUGCUCUGUCUAUCCAAGGAAACUACGAGCUGCGCAUAGAUCUUGAAGAUUUUGAGAACAGCACAGCUUUUGCACAGUAUGGCGUGUUUGGAGUUGGGCUGUUCUCUGUUGAUCCUGAGGAUGACGGUUACCCCCUCACCAUUGCUGAUUACACCGGCACUGCAGGAGAUUCGUUGCUUAAGCACAAUGGAAUGAAGUUCACGACAAAAGACAGAGACAACGAUCAUUCGGAGAACAACUGUGCUUCAUUCUAUCACGGCGCCUGGUGGUACCGCAACUGCCACACCUCCAACCUUAACGGCCAGUACCUGCGUGGACAGCACACCUCUUACGCCGAUGGGAUCGAGUGGUCAUCCUGGACCGGGUGGCAGUACUCACUAAAAUUCACAGAAAUGAAAAUUCGGCCAACGCGCGAAGAGCGAGAAAGCAAGUAACCGCACACAAAGUCAAAUGUAAACGUAAGUUCAAAAAAGAAACAUGUUAAAAAGACUUAAAUAUGGGACUUACGGGACAGUGGUUGUUGCUAAUCUGAAAAAAAAGUCACACUGUUGUGUGGCCGUGCUGUAAGUCUUGCCCCCCAUGUGAUAAUCUCUUCAUCAUCAGGCCUUGAAGUUUCUUUACACCCAGUUGUCGGCUCUCUGCUCAGCCCUGCACUGACUCAACUACUGUCAGACACACUUCAGUUCUGACAAAAAUGAGACUGAAUCAAGGAUCCUAUUAUCUUGCCAUUGGUUAGGGAAUUAAUUAAUGGAGAACUAUGUACGACAAUGAAAUGUUAGAAUGGUUCCUUCUGUCAGCAAAGCUCGUUUCUUUUCUCCCUCAUAUUGUUUAACACACAAUUCAUAUGCCAAAUACACAUGCCAAGGCCAAAUCUCUACUAAGUCUUCAUGUCUGAAGAAGAAGGCUAGUACAAAAUAAGAAAGUGUGUAAAAUGGGAGGGAAAUGAAAGAGAGAGAGGCGGUCUUGGAAGAGAGCAGUGCAAAGGUUUCUGUGGGAGUUUGUCUCUCAUCUGUCUGACAGGCCAUUAGUGAGCAUAUUGGCCACUUUGUCUGAUCGCCAUUGCCAAGUGAUCAUCAGGCAGGCUCUUCAUCUGGCACAUACGCAGAUGGAGGCUGUUUAUGCAUGUGUGUGAGCGAGAUAAAAGGGAAAUGUGAUAUUGUCUCGUCUCCUUCCCGAGCGUGUGUUUCUGACUCAGCACAAGUUUGAGUGUUCUCGAGGAAUCACUUUAUCGGCCCGACAAGCUCGCUCGAGUGUGUUUACUUAACACUUAUUCACACAUCAUUCGUUCAUGCAUGCCUUCGGACGCUGUGUCAUAAUGCUAAUUUAAACAAGCCGUCCUGCCCUCUUUUAUGUGUGAACGCUAAUGUGUAUAUCAGCUCAUUCACUGCCGUCUCUCUCUUUCCCCUUUUGUUCGAGCUGCUCCCUUCAUCUCUCGCCCUUUUUUCUCUCCUGGUCUUCUUCUCAUUUGUUCUCCCUCCGCUCUCCCUUCACUCCUUUGGUUUGUUUUCUUUGGUCCCCUGUGGCAGUGGAAAUGGUCAACGUCAUUUAGUACAAUUACACUGCUCAUUGUUCUCUCUUCUGCUCUUUUCUGACUUUUUCCUUUUCUCCCACUUCUGUACUUCCCGCUUCUGUUUUGUUAUUCAUCUCUCUCUCAACUUAAUUAUGUUCCUUUUUUUAAAUC